AUGUCUUUCUCCUUCGGUACACCAUCAAGUGCUCCGGCUACAACGGGUUUAUCUACUGGCUUUAGUUUUGGCGCUAAUAAGCCAGCUACGCCAGGAUUCGGUUUAACCGCCACUUCUCAACCCUCAACUAGCUUAUUUGGAACUCCGGCAACAUCUGCCCCAGCGUUUGGCACUGGGACACCGUCAUUUGGGACAAGUUUUGGAGCAACGUCAACAGCCCCUGCCUUUGGAGCUACGUCCACUGCACCUGCCUUUGGGGCUACGACGACUGCCCCUGCAUUCGGAGCUUCAAGUGGCCCAGCUUUUGGAGCUGCGUCUACAUCAUUUGGUGCAACUACGAGUGCCCCAGCUUUUGGAGCUAAUACAUCACUUUCAUUUGGAACUAGCUCCACCCCUGCAUUUGGUGCGACAACAACUACUCCAGCGUUUGGCACAACUACAUCUUUCACUCCAGGUCUCAGUGGUGGUCUUAAUUUCGGCACUGGAACUAGUGCAGCGGCAUCUACUGGUCUAUCCUUUGGUACCACUACCACUGCAAGUACGGGUCUUGGUGGUCUUGGAGGUGGUUUGAAUUUUGGUGCUACGACAACUUCGUCGGCUUUUGGUUUGUUCGGAGCUAGUACCACGACAACAGCAGGGGCAUUAACAACAACUAAUCUCGGUUUGGGAGGUUCCACUCAACAAGGAGCGAAUAAUACAACCACAGCUGAUGGCAAAAGUGAACCACCAAAACAGACAAAGUUGCCAAAUGAAAUAUCUACGACAGUGGAGUCUUUCAAGGAGUUUGUUAAGAAGCAGAAGUCCUUGAGUUCAGACGUGAUGAGAGUUUCAAUUAAACCAUUGCAUAAGGUGGGGCGAGAAGCGGAAACGACGCUUCGAGCGGUGUUAGCGCUGCGCGGCGAGUGCGGGCGCGCCCGCGCGCAGUCCAAGCGCCUGCGCGCCGCUGCCGCCGCAGCGCUGGCGGCCGCUGAAAGCGCAGCUCGGGACCCGCCCGGCAUAGAACUAGAAGGUUUAACACCACCAAAUUACGUGAAAGACCUGAUAGCGGAAUUGGAACAACAUCUCAUAACUUUCCGGAGGCAAAUGGACAUGGCAGACAAACAAAUGCAGUCUUCACCUAAACUGCUAACUGAACAAGAGUUAACGUUGGGUAUUCGUCGCAUGCAUGAGUCUCUAGUAGCUUUGGCUGGCCGACUUCAAGCCGUUCACACUCAAGUGGAAACUCAGAAAGAACAAUAUCUUAAUCUUCGGAAGUACAUCCUCAAAGACCCCACUAACGUGUUUGAGACUCCGUCACCGAGUGCAAGUCUGGAUCAAAUCCUGCGUGACGCCGAAGGCACAAGGAAGAAAACGAAGCCGGGAAGUAUAAGUGAUAUUGGUUUGAGUAGUGCCGUACUGUCUGACCCUAGAGCUGCUUUAGGUAACAUCAAACACUUGGCUGGGCCAUCACCAUUCACAUACUUGGGCAGCACAUUGUCUUCUUUCCCCACCGCAGAUACUACUGGAUCCAACUGGCAGCCACAGCCUCAAACGAAUCUAAACACAUCGCUGAACUUAAGCUUUGGUACUACAACCCAGAAUGACUCCGGAUUUCAACUUCAAAAGCCCCCGGGCAAGAGGGGAAAACAAUGAUAUUGGAGAUAGUAUUCAAAGUAAAUGGACUCAUAUUGUGAGUAGUUUACUUUUGAAUAAAGACAUUUUAAUAGUGUUGUAAUAUUAACGUUAAUAAGUUGUAACGCAUGUUCGGGAAACCUCGUAACUGGAUAUCUGCCGGAACGUUGCCGAGGAGUUUUAAUGUUGUAGCAAACGAAAAAACAAUACUAGCUAACUACUAAAUAAACAUUUAUCGAUAUAUACAUAU